AUGAUGUCAUCUUCUGCAGACCAGGAGCCCCCUUUAUCGAGGGAAAAGACCGCUGCAUCCUAUUCGUAUGAAAAUGUUUCUGGAUGGAAGGGCGUGCGUUUUCUGCGAAUAGGACGGGGUAUGUACCAUGAUGUACGAAGAAGGCUUCCGCUUUAUUGGAGCGAUAUCAGCGAUGCUCUGACUUAUCGCACCGUGGCAAGUGCAGUGCGUAUGUAUUUCGUGAACAUUCUUCCAGCUAUUGCAUACACCCUUGAUAUGUACCGGCGCACGGGCGAAUUCUACGGCAUCAAUGAAGGCUUGUUCUCUUCCGCCCUCGCAGCUAUGGUCUUUAGCAUACUGGGAGCUCAGCCUCUCACCAUUGUGGGAAUAACUGGUCUAAUUUCACUCUUCAACUACACCAUCUAUGACAUCGUGACGAUCUAUGAGCCAUCCAUCUUUCCAAACUUUAUGUGCUGGACGGCUAUAUGGGCCGCGAUUUUCCACUGGAUUGUCGCGCUCUGCAACAUUUGCGACUACAUGCGCUACGUCACCGAUUUCUCCAGCGAAUCGUUUGGUAUGUACGUCGGCAUCAUAUACAUAAUCAAAGGCGUCGAGGAACUGGUCAACGAAUUUACCACGGUUGGCCAUAGUGCUGGCUUCAUGAGCUGCAUGAUCGCCAUCUUAUACUUUCUCUCCAUCUAUGGUUUGGAAAAACUGGGGUCCAGCACGGUCUGGAAAGCUGGCUAUCGUGGUAUCUUCGCCGAUUACGCCUAUGUAUUCUGUACUAUAUUCUGGGUUGGCUUCUCGCACAUUCCAGGAACUCUCAAAUCCACCCACAUCAGCUUCGUUCCCAUUACUCGCGCUUUCUAUCCGACCCAAAACCGCAGUUGGCUCAUUCCGUUUUGGGAACUGGAUACUAAGUGGAUAUUUGCGGCUUUACCUUUCGGAUUUCUGACCAUGUUGCUCUUUUACUAUGACCAUAAUAUUAGCAGUCUGACUGCGCAAGCCCGGCAAUUUCCACUCAAGAAGCCUGCUGGCUUCCAUUGGGAUUUUUUCCUCUUGGGCUGCACAACAUUCAUCGCAGGCAUUGUGGGCGUGCCCUUGCCUAAUGGUUUAGUCCCCCAGGCGCCCGUGCACACGGACUCUCUGACCGUGUACAAGACCCAUCUCCGAAUCAUCCCCACUGACGAAGGGGAAGGGGCUGAGAUUCGUCGUCCGGUCGUAGAGGCUGCCGCGGUCGUGGAACAGCGGGUCUCUCACUUCGUCAUGGGUCUAGCUAUUAUUGGCACUAUGACAGGUCCCCUCCUCAUCGUUUUACAUACUAUGCCGACCGCCGUUUUCGCUGGCGUGUUUUUCACAGUGGGCUGGGGCUCUGUGGAAUCCAACGGGAUCUUCCAGAAAUCCAUCUUCCUCAUGCAGGAAAACCGCUUCGUGCAGCGUGGCGAGCCUCUUCUGACGGUGCCAAAGCGAAAAAUUGUGCUUUACAUAGCAUGUCAGCUCGUUGGAGUCGCUGCAUGCGUCGCCAUAUCACAAACUAUCGCCGCUAUAGGGUUCCCGGUCUUGAUCAUCGCUCUGAUUCCUUUCCGUGUCUGGAUUGUUCCAAGGUGGUUUUCUCAGAGUGAAUUGGAUGUGUUGGAUGAUCUGACUGCAAACAAUGAUGCUGUCUUAGCGAGUUUAGGCGGGCGGCCACAUUUCCCCGGACAAGCUGUGACCGAAAGCUACGGUCUUGAACGACAGUACACUGAGCGUCGAUCUGGCGCCGUCCGACAAAGAGCCGGGAGUGUACAUCGCUGA